AUGGAGGGGGCAAAUUAGUCUAGCUACGGUUACGUAAAGAAAUACCGGAGGUGCGCCUAGCAACCCCAUCGCAUAAACAUGGUCAAUUCUGAUUGUGGCACCCUUCGGUAGUCAUCACAAUCCUCAAGCUUAAACCCUGUCUUAGCACACUUGCAGAGCGCGAAGUCUGCCAGUUUGAAUGGGUAAGCACGGGAAGAAGCAAAACAAUCAUCGCAGAGGAGCAAGGAACACUCCCUAUCUCGGAGAAGACGGAGAAGCAGAUGAGCAAUACCCGCCCGCUCAAGAACGCCGCGAGCUCCAAGAAGAAGAAGACGACGACGACACUGAAAUUGAUGGUGAUUCAUCAGCAUCAACCAAUGAUAUACCCUCAAAAUUCAUGCUUUAUCAGCAAUCUGUUCAGUCUCCUAAAGGGGACAUAAGCUAUCUGCAGAAAUUCUUUUUAAUGUACGUAGGAGGAAGGGUCCCUCUCCAUCUCCAGGAAGAUUUCUGCGGCACUGCUCUUUUGAGUGCGGAGUGGCUUCGCAGCGAUGCAAGAAGAACAGCCGUUGGAUUAGAUUUGGACAUAGAGGCACUUGAUUGGUGCAUAGAAAACAACUUAAACAACACUGGAACUGAUGUCUCAUCCAGAGCAUUUCUUUUUCACGGCAAUGUCUUGAGACCCCUUGAUGCCAAACGGAUUAUGGUCAGCACUCAGGAUGGAACACAUGGUUUGCUUGAACUUAAACUAACAGAUUCUCAGUUGCCCGAUAGAGAUAUAGUCUGUGCAUUUAACUAUAGCUGUUGCUGUCUUCAUACCCGCCAAGAAUUGAUCAAGUAUUUCAAGCAUGUGUUCACUGUGUUGAGCAAGAAAGGUGGGAUUUUUGUGAUGGAUCUUUAUGGAGGAACAUCAUCAGAGUGUGAACUGCGUCUGCAGAGGAAAUUUCCCCAGUUCACGUAUGUUUGGGAGCAAACUGAAUUUGACAUCAUUAAGAGGAAAACAAGAAUUAGCCUUCAUUUCAAUCUGCAAAAGUCUCAAAGGAAACUACGUCAUGCCUUCUCCUACAGCUGGAGACUAUGGUCACUGCCUGAAAUAAGAGAUUGUUUGGAAGAGGCUGGGUUUGGUGCUAUUCACUUUUGGAUGCGACAGAUGCCAAAUAGUGAAGAGAUCAAAAGCACGUAUGGAUUUUCUGCAGGUCAAGACAUAAAAUACGAGGAGGUCACAAGCUUUCAACAGCAGGAUUCAUGGAAUGCAUACAUUGUAGCUGUUGCAUCAACUCGUUAAUAAAAUUUAUCUUAUGAACUAAAGCUUACACCUUACACCUAAGAUUCAGGGAUGUUUAGUGGUUCUUGGUCCUUUCUUGGAGGAUCUCUGGUGGAGUAAACACAGGAAGACCACUCUGAGAAAUCUCCUUUGCAGUGAUAUGCUCCCCCGCUGCACUCCAACAUGCCACCGCAGACUGAACACUUCUCCAAUGGUCCAAAGAACAUUAUUUCUUGGCUGUAUUGAAAUAAAAUGAUAAUUAUAAGUGGAUAAGUGUAUUCAAUUUCUUUAACAUCAUAUCAAAAUGCCAAAAACCCAGCUUUA